CAAGCUGUGUUUUGUCUUCUUGUAGUAAACUAAAUCAUGUGGUGAUGUGACAGCCAAAAUUACUUUUAUAUUUAUACUCUUUGACCAAAUUAAAAUGUAUAAAAGGAACAAUUAAGAGCUUAUUAUUUAGUGUGUCAUUUUAAAUUGCUAAUAUUUCAAUCAGUGAAAUCAUUAAUUGGUUAUUAAGUAAUACGUAUAUGAAAUGUAGAACGUGAUAUAUUUUUUAUGAUUUAACAUUUGUAUAUAAUCAACAUUUUCGUCUUAAACUUGAACUAACUGUCAUUCGAAUAGUGUGAGAAAUAAACGCCAUGAAUACUUUUACGCAAAAUAGAUAUAACAUGGGACAUACACAACCUAUACCAUGGCAACGAAACUUUCGGCCACAAGGCCAUAAUAUGAAUAAAAAUAAUUACUAUGGGUCCCCUUGGUCGUCUCAAGCAUCACUAGGAAGUGAAAACUAUUGGUGUGAAACAUGUGACAAAGGAUUUAUGACCAGUGAUCUUUUAGAAAAGCAUAAACUGCAACAUCAGAAAUGUAACAUAGAUGGGUGCCAAUUUGUAGCCCAUCCGAAAGUAAUUACAAAACAUAUCCAAAUGCAACAUGCUACUGGUUUAUAUAAGCGUAUUGGUAAAUUAGAUAACCCAGAAGAAAUUAAAAAAUGGAGAGAUGAACGAAAAAAGAGAUAUCCUACCAAAGAAAAUAUAGAAAAAAAACAAGCUGAAAUAAAAGAGAAAAUUAAACGAGGUGAAAAAAUGGGAUUAAAACGUGACAGACGGGGAUUGAAUAAUGACAAACUUGGCUUUCAAAAUAAAAGACAGAAAACCCUAAAUCAUUACAAACACAACAAAUCAUUUAAUAAUAAGAAAAUAAACUCACAACUGCCUAUUAACAAAAGGCCAGUGAAGAAUAAAACGGAUCAAACAGUUCCACCUAAAGAAGAAACUAGAAAACUGCAACCAUUCAGAGGUAUUCAAGAUUUAGUGAUUGAUGAUAGUAUAAACAGUGACACACCAGAAGAAUUCAAUGUUUUAAUAGAAGAAGAUGAAGAUGAUAAUGAUGUUAAAACAGAAAUAAAAGAAGUAGAAAUAGUUUCAAAACCAAUUGUUUGCGGAGCUUUAACAUCAUUGAUAUGUAAUUACGAGUCUACUGAUGAAGAAGACAUGGAAGAGAACACUAAACAAGCAACUAUUAAAUUGUCAAAAAAGUUAGAUGGUGUAACUGCAGAAAAUCGUAAAAUAAAUCUAGAUAUCAAUAAUGAUGUAAGUAUUGGUAUAAAAUGUGAAAAAUUAAGUAAUAAAAAAGCAGAAGUCUCAAAACCUGAAAAUAAUUCAUCCUGCCAUAAUGAGAGUGACAACGAAAGUGGACCUGAGGAACAAAGUAUCACCAAAAUUGAACCUAUUACGAACGAUGACUUAAAAUCAACAAAAUGCUUACAAUCGAAAAACGAACGACUUCAAAGACAUGACAAAUUAAAAAGCAGACAUAGAGUUGUAAAAUUGAAAAGAAAAUUACCAUCUACACUUCUAGAAAAGUUAUUACAUAAAGAAAUUCAACAUGAAAGAAAUGUUAUUUUGCAAUGUAUAAGACAUGUCGUGAAAAAUAAUUAUUUUGAUAAAAACUAACAAAUAUU